UUCUUUUCUUUCUCUCUCUCUUUUUCUGAAACCGAAACUAAAGCUGAAGCUUAUCCCUCCCCACUUGUUACCUUUGCCGUAUAUUAAAGGCAAAAGUGAAACAGAAACAGCAUAAGCCAUUAAAGGGAAGUUUCAGUUGAGAGAUAGAUAGAUAGAUAGAUAGAUAGAAGAUAGAUAAGAGGGUAAGAUGAAUGGUGGUGAAUCGUAUGGUGCUGUUGAGACACAGUACAUAAGGAGGCAUCACAAGCAUGAACCUAAGGAUAACCAGUGCACUUCUGCACUUGUCAAACACAUAAGGGCUCCUGUUCACCUUGUGUGGUCGCUGGUUAGAAGAUUUGAUCAACCCCAGAGAUAUAAACCAUUUGUUAGUAGGUGUAUCAUGCAAGGGGACCUUGGCAUUGGAAGUGUUAGAGAAGUGAAUGUUAGAUCUGGUCUUCCAGCUACAACCAGUACAGAGAGAUUGGAACAACUUGAUGAUGAGGAACACAUUCUAGGCAUCAGAAUUGUUGGUGGUGACCAUAGGCUGAAGAACUAUUCUUCUAUUAUCACGGUCCAUCCAGAGGUCAUUGAUGGAAGACCUGGUACAAUGGUGAUUGAAUCAUUUGUGGUAGAUGUGCCUGAUGGGAACACCAGGGAUGAAACUUGUUAUUUUGUGGAGGCUUUGAUCCGGUGCAACCUUAGCUCUUUGGGUGAUGUCUCAGAGAGGAUGGCUAUGCAGGGUCGAACCGAUCCUCUCAACAUAUAAUUACUUGUACGGGAGAGUGAAGUUGGGUUCAUUACAGUUAUAUGAUCCAUGGCUUUCUGAUCCCAGUUCAGGUGUGGAGAUUGGUUGGAGUAUUCCUUCCAUGUUCCCUGAAGUUUUGGAUGUUCUUUUCCUCUGUAUCCCCACUACCAUUCCUCUUGCCUUUUUAGCUGUGUAUUCAUCUUUUGAAUAGCUAAGUUUCUAUUUUUCAUGAGCACACUGGGAUGGGAGUGGGGAAGCUGUUUUUGUGGAUGGUGCUGUGUUACUGCAGUUAUUUGUAAAUAUUUUUGUUGGAAAAAGACAUUUUCUGCAGUCUUUCA